AUGGACGACUUUUUUUACUGUGUUUUUCACCAUGGGGGGAAGUUCAUUACUGAUGGGACCUUGAAGUAUGAAGGGGACACAACAACUCUGUCCUUUGACUCUGAUGUGUGGAGUUAUUUUGUGGCUGUUAGUGUAGUUAAAAGUUUUGGAUAUGAUAACUUUAAACAAUUAUGGUAUUGUGUAGGAGGGGGUUUAGUGUUGGACAAUAGGUUGGAAGAAUUGAUUGAUGACACUGGUGCCAUGCAUAUGGCUAACUUAGGUAGGAUUAAUGGUGUGGUUCAUUUAUACGUUAUACAUGCUAUUUCUGAGGCUAAAGUGAUAAAUAUGCUUGAAUAUGUUACUAAUGACCAAGGACAAGUUGAUGCUCAUGGUGAAGUACAAGAAGAGGGUGAAGAAGAUGGUGACGGUGUUCAUGUAGAUGGUGGCGGUGUUCAUGUAGAUGAAGUUGAUGUUUGUAGUUGGAGUACAUCUAGUGAUGAACGUGAUGUACAUGAAAAUAAUGAGUGCUUAGAGGGACUUGUUGAUGUGACUGUUCAAUGUGAUAUAAAUGGUGAUAUAAAUGGUGAUGUAGAUGGUAAUGUGGAAGUAGAAGUAGAAAGUCUUAAAGCCAGUGAUGAUGUGAGUGUUGAAAGUGAUGAUCAUGAUGAGAGAGGUUUGUCAGAUNAGGAGUGGAAAUCUGAGGAAUUACUUACUGCAACAGAUAGUGAUGAAGAGGUUAAUGACACUGAAGGUCAUGGGAGGUUUAGUACUUUUUGUAUGCCAAAAAGUAUGGUGGACUUUACAUGGGAAGUAGGGACCUUUUUUGCAAAUAAGCAAGAUAUUAUAGAUGUUGUUAAAGGGUAUGCAUUGGAAAAUGGUAGGAAUGUAAAGUUUGUCAAAAAUGACAAAAUAAGAUUGAGGAUGAAGUUCUUUGGUGCAAAAGGAGAAUGCCCAUGGACCAUAUAUUGUGCUUAUAUGGAGGCUGAGAAAUCAUGGCAGUUGAGAACUAAAAAUGACAUUCACACAUGUAGCAGGGAGUUCAAUCUCAAGUUACUUGACGACAAGUGGUUGAGCUCAAAGUUGGAGAAAACAAUAAGAGAAAAUCCUAAAAUGAAGGGUGUAGAUAUUCGUGAAAAAGUUCAAAGGAAGUGGAAUAUAGGUAUAUCUAGGGGUAUGGCUUAUAGAGCCAAAGGUAUUGCUUCUGAGCACAUUGAUGGGUUCUUUAAAGAACAAUAUAAGAGGAUAUAUGAUUAUGCACAUGAGUUGUUGGCAAGAAAUCCUGGAUCUACAGUCAAAGUGGCUGUUGAGAAUAAUGAGGUUGAGGUAAUUUUCCAAAGAUUUUACUGUUGUCUGAAGGCAUGCAANGACANUUUUGUGUGUUGUAGGCCAAUAAUUGGACUAGAUGGGGCCUUUUUGAAAGGGAAGUAUGGUGGUGAGUUAUUAACAGCUGUUGGGAGAGAUGGAAAUGAUCAAAUGUUGCCCAUUGCAUAUGCGGUGGUAGAAGGGGAAAACAAAGAUUCAUGGUCCUGGUUUUUGAAUCUUUUGAUUGAUGAUCUUGGUGGUCAAGAAGUAUGUUCAUCAAUAACUUUUGUGUCAGACCAACAGAAGGGUCUACUACCAGCCAUACAAGAGUUACUCCCCGGUGUUGAUCAGAGGUUCUAUGUCAGAUACUUAUAUUCAAACUUUAGGAAGAAAUUUCCUGGUAAAAAUCUAAAGAAGCUGAUGUGGAGGGCAGCUACUGCCACUCAUCCACAAAAUUGGGAGAGGGAGAUGAGAAACAUUAAAGAUGUCAAUGAAGACGCAUACAAGCAUUUGAUAGCCAUCCCUCCAAGAUACUGGUCAAGGUCCAGAUUCAAUCCAAGACCAAAAUGUGACACAUUGGUGAACAAUAUGAGUGAGGCAUUCAAUAGUGUAUUGGUUCAUACCCGGACUAAACCGAUCAUAACAAUGCUGGAAGAAAUCAGGGUGUACAUCAUGCAAAGAUGGGCAAAAAACAGGACUAAGAUACAAUUAUUUACAGGAUCAAUUUGUCCAAAAAUCCAGGCUAGAUUUAAAAAGGAAUGUCAAUCAACCAAGAACUGGAUUCCUAGUUGGUCAGGAAAUCAAUUAUUUGAAGUGAGACAUGUCUCCCACAGUGGAGACAAAUUUGUUGUAAACAUAGACGACUUGUCAUGUUCCUGUAGGAGAUAG